AUGGGUCCAACGGUCUACCUUUGUACCCGUCGGGAGAACCACGGCAGCAGUCAACAUAACCAGCCCUCGCAGGAACCUGACCUCGAGUCUACGACGUGUCGCCCAUGCAUCCUCUACUCCAUCGCAGCACCCAAGAAGAUCCCCAAGGAAACCCGCGUUCUCGGCAGGGUCCGCGUGGACGAGUACGAAUGGAUGGCCAACAAGGACGAUCCAGAUCUCCGGGAUUACAUUCACGCAGAAAACACAUACGCACACGAGUACUUUGCUUCAGAGACAGCGGCGAUUCACCUUUUGAACCGAGAAAUGAGGCAGGUUCUCAGGACAAAGAGGGUUACGGCGCCUUUGACAACAACUGUUCGCGGAUACGAGUAUUAUACCAAGACGAGUCGGUAUGGCAUGGUCUACUGCAGGAGGAGGAAAUCAGCCUCAGCCAUGGUCAAAGAGGAAAUAUUACUGGAUUCGGCAUACCUACCGGAGAACUGCAACAUCAAGAAGGUGUUACUAUCAACAGGACAUCACAUUUUCUCGUUCCUAACACUAGAGGAAGGCGAGGAAUUGGGGUCGCUCCAUUUCAGGGAUCUCAACCGGGCAGUGCCAUUCGACGAAGUCCUGGAGGACGUGUUCAACUUUGUGUGGGGCAACGACAACAAGACGGUCUAUUAUACCAAAUCGACAGAUGUCCUGCGGCCCUAUCAGGUCUGGGCACAUCAGGUCGGGACCCCCCAGGAGGACGAUAUCCUGGUCUUUCAAGAAGACAAUGAUAGUAUCUUUGUCGAUGUUGGGUCGACCAAGGAUCAAAAGUUUGUCACCAUCAACGGGAACUCGCUAUCGUCCUCGGAGGUUCGCAUCUUGGACUCCAGUCAUGAUUUCUCGAAGGGCGCUUUGCCCGAGAUGACUGUCAUCGCUCCACGGGAGGAUGGCGUCGAGUACUAUGUCGACCACCACGACGACCAUUAUUAUAUUCUGACGAAUGCCAACCCGAAAAGGAACUUCCGCGUCAUGCGCGCCAACCGCAACAACCCCAACCGUGAUUCCUGGGUCGAGCUCAUGGAGGCCAAGGACGGCGAAAAGAUUGAGGACGUCGACAUCUUCAAGAACUUUAUGGUCAUUUACGCCAAGCGGGAUGCGCUACCUGUGGUAUCUUGCUAUCACUUCGAAACUGGAGCUGUUCAUGAAGUUCCCUUGCCUGAGCAGUUCUGCACCAUUGGUGCUGGCGUCAACCUUGAAUACGAGACGGAUUCGUUCCAGUUCACGCUCAACUCGCCCUAUGCGCACGAGGCAACGUACGAGUAUGACAUGGCGUCCCGCGUGAUGACCGCCCUGCGUGUCCACCCUAUCCACCGGUUGGAUCGGUCAAAAUACACAUGCACGAGGAUCAAUGUGGACGCCGAAGACGGGAAGGCCAAGAUCCCAGUGACGCUCCUACAUAGGAAAAACAUGCAGCUCAAUGGACGCAACCCGACCCUCAUGCGCUCCUACGGAGCCUACGGCGUCCCUACCGAUAUCGAUUUCCGUGUGGAACAUUUCCCACUAUUGGAACGUGGGUGGAUCAUUGCAUUGGCGCAUGUCCGUGGCGGAUCUGAGCUGGGGACUCUCUGGUACCAUCAAGGCAAACUUCUGCAGAAGCGCAAUACGUUUACGGAUUUCAUUAAUGUUGCGGAGCACUUGGUCGAGGCUGGGUAUACCAAUCCCCGGAGACUGACGGCCAGUGGUGUCUCUGCCGGCGGUUUACUCAUGGGUGCGGUGUGUAAUAUGCGCCCGGACUUGUUCAGGGCCAUGAUCAUGUCGGUGCCGUUCCUGGACCCAAUGACGACAAUGCUGGACCCCGAGAUUCCACUCACAAAAGUUGAAUACCUGGAGUGGGGCAACCCCGCUGAGUCUGAACAGAUGUACGACUACAUGGCUAGCUAUGCCCCCUACGAUACCAUCCCUGACUACUUUUUCAACAGCAACAACAACAAGGACAAGGCCCUGAGUGAUGGCGUUGAUAACAAGGAUAUGGAUGCCACGCAGUUGACGACGACAGGGUUCCCAAAGCCGCCAUUGAGCGCGCGUCGGCCGGCGCUGAUGAUCAGUUGUGGCGAGCGUGACCAAAGAGUCGAUUAUUCUCAGUCCACGAAAUUUGUGGCGCGGAUACGGUCAAGGUUGGCGCCUUGGUAUGGAGCUGAGGGGAAGGAGGCCUGCGUGUUGAUGAUUGAUGAGAACCGGGGACAUUUUGGAAAUGGGACACAGGAGGAUCGGGUCAAGAACUGGGCGAGGGAGGUUGUGUUCUUGUUGGGGAGUGUUCAGAUGGAAGGUAGUGGACCCACCAUGGGAGGUGUUAAUCAGGAGCAGUUUGGAGAGGAAGGAGGAGUAAGAGAAGAUGAACCUAAAUUGCGACCAUAG